AUGGUAAAAAAAUCGGAAGACGAACUUAAUGAAACACUAGAUCGAUGUUUAGCAGAUACAGCGCUGAAGAUAGUUGGUGCUGGAACUAUUGGCUUAAUAGUUGGCAUAGUAUGUAAGAGGCAAUUCCCUGUUUGGUUAGGUAUUGGUACAGGUUUUGGUAUGGGUAUUGCAAACUGCCGUCACGAUAUGAAACGAUGUGUUAUUCCAAUGGAUGAGAAAAGGAUCGACUGCCUCGACUUACUAGCAUUUCAGGAUAUGCUAAAUAAGUUACGACAAAUUGAUGAUAAAAUAUUGUUCGAACUAAAUACUGCAUUGCCAAGCAAAUCAUUUUCGGCUAAUAUCGACAAAGGAGAAAAGUGUCGUUCUGUUUAUGAGCAGUUGAUAACUAUGAGGGCGCGAAGAAUGGAUUUAAUACAGCGUUGCAUAGAUGAAAACCAAGACAAUAUUAAUUAUCUGAGAGAAAAGAAAGCGCCUUUGGGAAAUAUUCGAAAUGCUCAAAAUACUCUGCGAGUAAUUCGAUCAGAAAUGGAUAUAGAAAACAUUGUUAAUGAGCGAAGUCAAAAAGCUGUGCAUGAUCGGUGUAGGAAUUUUUUGUAA